GCUCGACGCACAGGACCUCUCGACUGUCGCGGGGCUUCUGCUACUGUAUAUUCUGGAGCGCUCUGUGACUUGACCAAUCUCGCGCUGCAAUGCCUUGUCCCCCUGCUGUCCGAGUGAUCGUGAGGCUGCCGUACAACCGUCCCGAGGACGCGCCCUCGGACCCUCCUCGAGUGCGCAUGCUUCCAUCGCACUCGUCUACGCGUACAUGCUCAUAAAUACACGGGCUGUUCUGCGGGAUUCCAGGUGGAGUGGAAUGCUGAGAAGGAGAAAGUGCUUUGGGAGGUUAUCGCGCAGAGUCGCGCUAUCGAGGGGGCAGCAACCGACUGGAAAGGUCUCGCGGAACACCUGCGCGUGCCCCUCCCGUACAUCCUCUAUCGCGCGCAGGCGCGUUAUGAGGAGGACCUCCGUGGUCUCCAAGGGCUCGGCAUCCGCAGCCCUGCAGCCCCCUUCCCCUCCGCUCCUUCACCCCAGCGCACCUACGUGCAAGGCGAAUACUUUCCGCGUGUGCCCGACUCUCCUCUUCCGUUGCUCCCCCCUCGCGAUGUGGCGCACGCGCGCAUGGGUUCCUCGUCCUCCGCCGCGGAUGGGUUGGCGUCGACAUCUGGAACCGUGGCCGGCACGAGUACUCUCCGACCACUGGGCGUUCGCGCUCGCCUGAGCUCGCUGGGAACCCCGCGCGCGCACGCUCAGGUCAGGUCUUCUAUCCACGCCGAUCCGGUCAACAGCCUGCUGGCUGGCCUCCCUAUUACAAACGCGGCGCCACCACUGCGCCAGACGAAGAAGAUUUCAUCUUCGUCGACCAUCACGCUACAAGGCCUGAGGCGGACACGGACACCCCUCCGCCGCCUAUCCCCAACUUCAUCUCGUGCAGACUCUUCCUCAGCCGGCAGCGACUCGGACGACUCGGACGAGCAAACACGCGAGGAGGAGGCGGAGCGGCAGGAGACGCUCUCGCGCAAGCUGGAGGCUCUCAAGAAUAUGAUGACUUCGGACACCCUCGGGCUCGUCGCAGAUCCCGCGCGGGCGCGUGCGAAGCAGAGGGGCCGCGCGCGCCCGAUGUCCGGGGCAAGCACGUCCGCGGUGUCGCUGUCGUCUUCGGAUGCGCGGCAGAGCUCUUCAAUGUCGCGUAGCCAUGGCCGGCAGAGCCUUUCAAGCGCGAGCGUGGACUCGCGACAAGGGUCUAUACCCUCUAUACCAUCCCCUCCCGCCAACGCGCCCCGUCCCGUGCACGCGCACCAGCAGGCGCACACCCAGUCCCGCCGUUUCAGUCACCCUCAGCGGCCGCCUAUGCGGGCACACUCACAGUCGCUGAUAACGUCCCAGUCGCUGUCCCAGUCGCGUUCGACGACCCACUCGACCUCGAGCGCACAGUCGCCCUCUCGAGUGACAUCGCCAAUGCCCGUCCCGCGACACUUGAGCACCC